UCUCGCCGCAGCUGUCAUAUCCGAUAAAUAAUGGUAAAUAAAAUUUUUCUCGCUCCUUUCUUUCCUCCGCUCGGCCCCACCCCUUCGUCUCCGCGCUUUCUUCCGCUUUUGCGGUCGAGCUGCUGAAGCGUAACGGAAGACAAUAGAAGGGGAAGGCGAGGCCGAGGAGGCGAUAGAAGAGGGAGAGCAAGAGAAGGGAAAUCGGAUCGGAUCUCCGAUGGCAUCGCAGAGGGAGCGUGAAAACUACGUCUACGUCGCCAAACUCGCCGAGCAAGCGGAGCGCUACGACGAGAUGGUGGAAUCGAUGAAGAACGUGGCGAAGCUCGACGUGGAGCUGACCGUGGAGGAGAGGAACCUGCUCUCCGUGGGGUACAAGAACGUGAUUGGGGCGAGGAGGGCGUCUUGGAGGAUCCUCUCCUCGAUCGAGCAGAAGGAGGAGACGAGGGGGAACGAGCAGCACGUGAAGAGGAUCCGGGAGUACCGCCAGAAGGUGGAGUCGGAGCUCUCCAACAUCUGCAGCGACAUUAUGACCGUGAUGGACGAGCAUCUCAUCCCGUCGUCCACUGCCGGGGAGUCCUCCGUGUUUUACUACAAGAUGAAAGGAGAUUACUAUCGUUACUUGGCAGAGUUCAAGACUGGCAGUGAGAGGAGAGAGGCUGCAGAACAAUCUCUUAAGGCCUAUCAGACGGCUACCAGUACAGCUGAGGCAGAUCUGUCUCCCACACACCCAAUUCGUCUGGGUUUGGCAUUGAACUUCUCCGUCUUUUAUUAUGAGAUUAUGAAUUCACCUGAAAGGGCCUGCCACCUUGCCAAGCAAGCUUUUGAUGAGGCCAUCUCUGAGCUUGAUACGCUGAGUGAGGAAUCUUACAAAGAUAGCACAUUGAUUAUGCAACUCUUGCGGGAUAAUCUCACCUUGUGGACCUCUGACAUUCCAGAGGAUGGAGUAGAAGAUACGAGGGAGGAGGGCACCGGGAAGGCUGGUGCAGCCGAGGACGCACAGUGACUCAGACCACUCAGGAGCCCUGCCCGGAUGCAAGGAUGACGACGCUUCUAUUUAGUGUCAGUGUCUGUUAUUUCCUAGUUACUGAAGAAAGUAUCCAGCUUUCAUUCUUACGCCUUUUAGUUGAUUUUAGCUUGACUUUUGUACUGAUAUCCUGUUUGGGAUUUGUUUGGAAAUUGUCAGUUGCAUUUGCACAUCCUUUCUCAUUGGUGUCAUCGUCUGAACUAUAGAUUGAUAUUUAAGGUCUGACUACUUUUUAAAGUUUUUUUUUUUUCCGUUGUGAAAGCUAAAUUUACGGGGCAUGGCUCCGACGAGUUUCAUCAUGUUAUA